AUGUCUCCUUCAUCCAUCCGAAUCCUGCUUUCAGUCCUACAAAAACCUCGUUACCUCGCUCUUCUAAUCCUCCUUCCAUUAUUUGGUUUCCUGCACUACCAGUGGUCAGAUCCAGCUUCGUCCGCAAGACCCAUCAAACUGACUGGAGGCACUACACAUAGCCCUUGGGAAGGAUUAGCGUUCUCAGAUCAUGAAGAUGAUGUGACUACUUGGAAACCUGGAGUGGUGGAAUGGCUGAAUUGGAAUCAGGAUGAUAGGAAGACGUUACUCGUCACUGGAGGUGCAGGUCAGAUAGGUCAAUCACUCAUACCUUUUCUCGUCGAGAAGUACAAUAUACAUGUGAUGGAUAUAGCCCCACGUCCAUCUUCACUACCCAUAUCAGUCAACUACCACCGACAAUCUAUCCUUGCUUCUUCGGCAUCUCUUUCCAAUCUGUUUUCGACUAAUUCCUUCGAUGGUGUGAUUCACUUGGCUGCUAUCUCUCUAGAAUCUUGGUGUAAAUCAAAAGAAAAUCAAUGCCAUGAGGUGAAUGUGGAAGGUACACAAGCAGUAUUACAACAAGUCGAGAAAACUCUGACAGCGAAACGAAAACGAUUGUGGGGAGAAAGCAAAACUCCUUGGGUGAUUCUAGCUUCUUCAAUGGAUGUCUUUCCUCAAGAAGAAGGUGUAAGUGAAGAAAGUGGUAAAAACCCUCAAACUACUUUAGGAAGAACCAAACUUGCCGCUGAGAACGUUCUCGAGGAGACCAUCAAUCGUUCAGCAGAAGAGAACGAAGCUGGAAUACAGGGAUUAAUUUUACGAUUUCCUGAAGUGUAUGGUUAUCAUCAAGCUAUAUCUAUCCCGGAGGCAUUCAUACCUUCUCUACUUACAAACGCUCUGACCAGUCUACCUAUACAAUACUCCUCCGAUACCCCUUCUUUAGAUCUUUUGCAUAUCGAUGAUGCAAUUUCCGGUAUAUUGAAAGCGAUCUUACGAAUAGAAGAUAGUUCUAGAUUAGGUAAACCUGGAGAAGUAGAAGCCAUAAACUUAGUUUAUGGCAAACGAUGGCAAGCUCAGGAUAUAGUUGAAUUGGUCCGAACUGAAACGAACUCAAUGUCACCUUUGAGGGAUAUAGGAGAUAACCAUUCACCUCAAAUGCCAAGUUUUUCACGAGGACUCGCAGGAGAGAAAUUAGGUUGGGAACCUGAAAUUUCAGCACCUGUGGGAUUAGGUUUAUCGCUACAAGCGUUAUCUGAAGAUAUAUCUGAAUAUUCAAGGAAAUGGCAUCAAGAUCAUUGUUCACCUACAUCUGAUUUCCCUUCUCCUUCAGAAAAUGACCAAUUGAUCAAUCAUUUCGUCGAAGACGAACGUAAUAAAGAUUUAAAUAAAUUGGAUAAAUGUUCGGUAAAUAUAGCGUUUGAUCACGAAGGCUUCUUACAUCAUGUUAAAUGUCAAGAUGGAAAACAUUGUACAGCAGAUGGUGAGAAAGUAGUUGCUAUGAAUUGGAAUCAAAGUGUUUUCAUUGUUCACAAAACGACAGGAGGUGAAAACAGAGAAAGAACAGUAAGAGUCAUGUUUGAAGAAGAAAAAGGUAUGGGAUAUUUAGGUUAUCGAAAGGGAGAUAACGCACAAGUGGGAUUAGAGCUCUUUGAUCGGAAUACAGUGGAAGGGCAAAUCGAAUUUGAAGUGGAAGUCAACCGCCAUUCUUCCUACCUCAGACUACUCAUUCCCGGAACCGGUAAACAAAUACAUGCUCUUUCCAACACCACCGACUCAUCGACUUGGUUCACUCUUGAGCCCACUACAAAAUGGAUUGAUCCACAUUUCGAUUUAAGGAUGAACGUUCUCUGUUGUCCUUCUGAAGGGGAUUGGCCAUUGUUGCUAGACGACUAUGAAUCUGCCGAUAUUCGAUUCGGUUCAACUGGUCAAAUCCCGUUCAACUCUUCACGUCGACUCCAUCUAUGUGGUCAAGCAGAACAAGCCGUUCGUUAUAAUUUCGGUCGAUUAUCAGCUGCUAGGCAAGCUGUAAACAAAGUGGAGAAUGGACAAGAAGCACACGUGUGGAAAGGAGAUCAUGGUGUUAAUACCAAAACAACACCUUAUGACUGGGCGUUGAGAGACUUACCGCCCUGUUACAAUGAUUGUAAUUCACCUGCAAUUUGUGUCCAAACAGGGGAAUGUAGGUGUGUUCAAGCGGAUCACUGUCAACCUAGAAGGGAGAAUCCAACCCUAUCCUUAUACCCUGUAACAUCAAAUGUGGUGUCCUCCAAGAAUAAAUCACCACUUGGGACUCUGGCUGGAUAUUCACCCAGCCUUACCAAUGCGGUUGCACAGAUGGACUGGAAAGACGUCUUACUUCCUCAAGCAAGAAACGCUUUAAUGGCUCAUCCUGACUUUAUCAAAGUUCACGUGGCGGAUGGAUAUAAAGGCCAACAAGAAAUCGAAUCUUCAGAUUGUCAUAAUCUUCAAACCAAACACUGUUUCUCAGCAGAUUCAAUAUUAUACAAAGCUUUGAGACAUAUUCAAGUUCCAGCUGAAGAAGCUGAAUUGAUAGUCGUACCUGUAUAUCAACAAUGUAAAGGAACCGAAUUUCUAUUACAUGAUGGUAUACAUCAUGCGAUGGAAAAUAUAUCUGGAGUGAAAUCAGGUGAAAAGACAAUGGCACUAGUUCUGACUCACGAUUGGGGAAUCUGCGUUGCUUUUUCAUGGGAGAUAUGGUCAGCAAGAGAGCAACCUUUAUAUCCCGAUUGGAUUCUGAAUAACGUAUUGGUUUGGUCCGUGAUGGGAGAUUAUGAUUCACCUUGUUAUAGACCUCACCAAGAUGUUGUUAUCCCAGCAAGAACAUGUCAAUCCUUACAUCUACGAGAACACUUUCCAGACGUAGAACAUAUCAAACCGAUUAGGGAAAGAUCACACUUAUUGACUUGGUCUGGAACUUAUUGGGGUACAGGUAAAAGCGAUAGGAUAAGGUUAACUUGUGAUAGAGGUGGUGUAGGUGAAAAAGAAUUAAUCAAAGGAAAAGGUCAACAAAGUAGUUUUGAAACUUGGGAUUAUAUGAAUGAUCUCAAUAACGCCCGGUUCUGUCCUCAGCCUCGAGGUAUAGCAGGCUGGUCACCAAGAACGAACGAUGCUAUCUUCGCAGGAUGUAUACCUGUGCUAAUUGCAGAGGGAUCGCAUUAUCCAUUUGCAUCAUACCUCGAUUGGUCAAAAUUUUCCGUCAGAGUAGCACCAACAGAAUUAGAUCGUAUAGAAGAGAUAUUACUCGCUAUACCAUUAUGGAAGAUUGAACAAAUGCAAGCUAAUUUAGUAACUAUAAGAGAAGCUUUCAUUUAUUCUACAGAUGAAAAUCCACAAGAUGAACUAAGAAGAAAAGGUCCUAUGUUCUUCGCUUUACAUGAAGCGGGUCUAAGGCUUAGAACUAGGUAUCCUAUCAAAGAGGAAGAUGGUAAUUGA